AUGUCUCUUCCCCUCUUUGGAGUGUGGAAUGUCAGGGGUUUUAAUCGGCCUGACAAAGUAUUUUGCUGCAAGCGUUUGAUUCAAUCAUUAAAACUUGAUAUGCUAUGUAUUUUGGAAACUCGGAUUCAUGUCUCCUCUCUUAUGGAUUCAUUUUUCGAAUCUUCUCAUCAGCUUUUUUCUAAUGAAGAUAGAGUUCACAAUUUUGAUUUAGUCUCUUCUGGGAGGAUUUGGAUAAAGUGGGAUGCGAAUAAGCUCACUUUUACUCCCUCUCUGAUCACUUCACAGUUGAUCAAUGGGACUGUUAAGGUUGGUAAUUUCUCCCCUUUUCAGUUAUCUAUUGUCUAUGCUGCCAAUAAUGCGUGUGACAGGAAAGAUCUUUGGGCUUCUAUUUGUGCGGUUGCUCCCUCUGGUGAUGUCCCCUGGGCUGUUAUUGGGGAUUUUAACUGUUGUCGUUAUGCUUCUGAUAAAAUGGGAGGUUUGCCGCUUCAUCACUCUCAAUUAGUAGAUAUUAACAACAUGAUUUUUGUUAAUAAGUUGGUGGAUUUAAAUGCGGUUGGCAGUCAUUUUUCUUGGUAUAAUCAGCAAACUGUUAAUCCGAUUUUUAUUAAGCUUGAUAGAGCUCUAGUUAAUGAGGAUUGGAUAAAGAAUUUUCCUGAUUCUUACAGCUCCUUCCAAUCUCCAUCCUGCUCUGACCAUUCUCCUAUUAUUCUUCAUCCGGGAAGAAGUUUUAAAUCUAACCAUAGAUUCAUGUUUAAGAAUAUCUGGACUAAAUAUGACAGUUAUUGGAGUUUACUGUUAAAUGCCUUUUCUAAGCCUAUUAUUGGAAAUCCUCUUUCUCAUUUCUGUUUGGUUCUCAGGCAGUUAAAAGGUGAAAUUAAACAUCACCAAUGGGCUAAUUCUAAAUCUCUUUCUGUUGAUUUGGAUUCUCUGUAUGUUCAGCAACAAAACUUAUUGGAUCAAAUUCAUCUUCACCCCUUGGAGUUGAAUUUGACGGCUGCUCUUAAAAAGAUUAAUCUUAAAAUUGCUGAUGUUUCCUCUUCUUUUGCUAGCUGGGUUAUUCAAAGAGCAAAACUUAAUUGGCUACAUCAUGGUGAAGAUGACCUUAAAUUCUUGUAUGCUAAGAUUAGAAGUAGGCAAGGGAGAUCUAAGUCCUUGACUAAUCUUUUCUCUUGCAAUCCUGAUUUAUCUAGAGAGGAGGUUCUAAGCUCCAUUGUGGAGUAUUUUCAAAUAUUGUAUAACUCUUCUCCUCCUUCUAGGCCGGAGGAGUCUCUUAUUCCUGUUGGUGAUGUUCUCUCUGACAGUUUUGCUAAUAUUCUUAUUUCACCUAUUUUAGAGGCAGAAAUCAAGGAGGCUGUUUUUAAGGGUUCUUCUAAAUCCUCACCUGGGCCAGAUGGUUUCAAUUACCACUUCUACAAGUCUGGAUGGCAUAUUAUUGGGCCGCAUUUGUGUAAAGCUAUCAAUGCCUUUUUUACUAAAGGAUAUCUUCCUAGUGGGAUCAAAGCCACUGCUUUAGCUAUUAUCCCAAAACAGCAUAAUGCCUCUUCUAUCACUGAUUACCGGCCUAUUUCUCUUUGUUACUUCUGUUCUACUUCGGGGCUAAGGCAAGGGUGUCCUUUGAGCCCUUACCUUUUCUGUAUUGUCAUGGAUGCUCUUUCUAAUUUGCUUGAGGCUAGAGGUUUUAAAGGUUUUAAUGCUGAAAAUUUCCAGCUCUCUCACCUUUUAUAUGCGGAUGAUGUUCUUAUUUUUGGAGAAGCUACCAUUGAGAACUGUACUCUUCUCUCCAAUAUUCUCAAUGAGUUUGGGAAUGCUUCGAGUCUUAAGAUAUCUUAUCUUGGAAUUCCUAUUGCUUUCAAUAGAUUGAAAGUCGCUGAUUAUUUUCCUUUGAUGGAUAGUAUACACAAAAAGUUCAACGAUUGGAAGGCUAAUCUUCUUUCUCUAGCUGGCAGACUUCAAUAUCUUAAAUUCACAAUACAAAAUACUAUUGCUUAUUGGAUCAGAGGAUCUAUUUUGCCUAAAACUGUUUUUAAGUUGUUCAAGAAAACUUGCUCUAGAUUCCUGUUUUUUGGUGAUAUUGAUUGCUCCAAUAAGCUUCAUAUGGUAUCUUGGGAUAAUGUUUGCAAGCCUAAAUCCAAAGGAGGGCUAGGUCUCCCUUCUUUAUUUGCCAUUCAGUUUGCUUUUAACUGCUCUAUUAUCUACAGAAUGUAUAAUAGUUCUUCUCCUCUAGCUGUUUGGCUAUCUACUCGCUACACCUCUCCGUGGAAACCUCCGCCGCCUCUUGCAAGUAAAUUCUGGCUUUCUAUUUGUAAAACUGUUGUGUUGGUAAAGGAUAAUUUCAGAUUUUCUAUCACACCAACUGCUCCUAUUGCUUUGUUUUGGGACAAUUGGUGUGAUAAGCAUUCAUUGUGUGACUUAUUUGGCAGUGAGAUCUUAAGCUGGGUGCAUUUAUCUUUGCUGAGAAAUUAUAUUGUUUAUGGUGUUUGGAAUUUACCUGUUGAUUUGCCUCAUAAUAUUAGGGAUUUCAUUUUGAGCUUUCCUAUUCUCAAUAGCUCUGGUCCCUGUUUAAGAUGGAAUGAGUUGGCUAAGGUUAAAUUCAGUGAUUUUUUGGAGGAAUUCUAUAGCUCUUUUCCGGCAUGCCCCUGGGAUACUCUUGUCUGGCAUCAAAAAUAUAGUCUAAAACACUCUGUUUAUGUGUGGCUUGCACUGGUAGGUGGCUUAAAAACUCAAGAUGCAUUGAGAAUGCGCAACAUCUAUGUGCCUGAAAUUUGUUCUUUAUGUCAUAAUGAGCCGGAAUCUGUUAAUCACUUAUUUUUCGAAUGUCCAUAUGGGUUUGCUGUGCUUGAGUCUCUCCUUCCUGCCACUAGAGAAUUUCUGUUAAGGCCCACUGUUCUUCAUCUUUUGCAAUGGUUGGAUUCGGAUUUUGUGGGUACUUCUCUUUAUAAGCAGUUUUGUAAGCUGGUUGUAUGUUGCACUAUUUACUAUAUUUGGAGAGAACGUAAUAGCAGGAGAUUUGCUAAUGAAUAUAAUAGUAUUAAUUCCCUUAAAGCUGCUAUUAAAAGGGUGAUUAAUAUUAAAAUUGCGAAAUGGAAAGACAGAGAGCUGGUUGUGGGCAAUAUCUCCAGGACGAUGAUGAUGCUCCGUGUUUUGAAUAUGUUCUUCCUUCCCCUUGGACGGCCUUUUGGCAACCAGGGGAAUGCUUUUUCUCAGCCAAAUUUUAUUUCUCUGAGUCCUCGGCAUACGGGUCCUUCAAUUUUGCUGCAGCACUAUUUGACGCUAUCGGGGCUUCUCAGUGGGGAGAUUCGGUUGCUGUGA